GUCGCCAGAAAGUGUGGUCGUAAGCCAUGAUGUAUGUGGAAACGAUUAUUUUCUUAAUGGCCAUACUGGCAAAAUGUUGUUAGGGAGAAACUGAUGUGACCGUUUGAUCACUAGGGACCAAAUCUCGACCCGACACCUUCCAUGAGUCGAGACGACUUGGACCUCGUUCAAACCCUAACAGAAAAUUCCUUACCACAGAACCUUUUACAGACUAGUACUCCGGCGUAUCGCGCUAGCAUGCACGCCACCGACGCCCACUCACUACCCGCUUCGCCAGCUGAUCUGCAAUAUUCCACGAUUAUGAACCCAUACUCUUCAGAACAAUGUCUUUGUCGAACUGGCCCUGUACUCAUAGGCCCGAAGAUUAGAAGGGCGCUGCAAACAAAACGUUUCGACGAGUUACUAAAAGUGACGGGAGACGCGAUCACGAGUUGUCAGACGAUGAUCGAUUGCAGGCAUUGUCAAUUGAGCAGUCCCGAUCUAAUAUGCGCCAUAACAAUCUUCCAAGAGACGAGUGUGUGUUUCAAGCAGAUCACCAAGCCAGACUCAUCCAGCGUCGUAAAACUGAUUGUCGGCGGAUACGAGAUUUCUGUCACGGACCGGGACAAACUCCGUAGUGUGUUGGUUAUGGACCUCGUCAAGCAGGCCAACUCUCUGCUAGACUCAAUGAGUAACAUGGGGGAGAACCUGUUCCUCAAUCAGCCUACGCCAGAUCAACUAGCUCAGGUACACUUUGAAUAUCUUCGCGCGUUGAUUCAAGACUUUCGAGACACACUCCGUUUCGUUACCGAUUCAUUAUGGGAGGCCGAUUCGCAUGCGGCUGGAUGAGCAUUACGAAAGAGAGGACUCGGAGUUUUCUCCGAGCAGACACACCAAGUAAGACCCGAGACGCGUUGGGGAAUUGCGCAGUUAGACCAGAUGUACCGAU